GAAGAAUGUUUAUAUAAUACUGGUAAAUAAAUUGAAAUGAAUUGUGCUAGUAUUUUAUAAUUUAAUAACAAAUUAUUAACUGAUAUGAAACAUUUUAGGGAUUCUGUUAGUCCAGAAGUAAGAAGAUUCAUAGAAUAAUUUAAUAAUUGUUAAAAUGAAUAGAAAUAAGACAAAUAGACAAGUACAGAGGAAAGCAACUCCUCAAUAUUGAUAGAAAGAUAAGAUGAAAUAAAUAGAAAGUAAGUGACAAUGAGAUUGGCAGAUGAGUAAUAAAAAGAGAAUAAAUAACCUUAUUUAAAAAUAUCAAAGACUGUAAGUGUUUGUUCAAAUUCUAAUUUUUAAUGGAGCAAUGAUUAAGAUAGAUAUGUUGAGAUAAUAGUAUAAAAAGUAAUAGAAGAGAUGGAUAGAAGGAAUAACAAUAAAAGAAAAUCUAUGUUAAGUAUUGAAUAGAACACAGUUUAAAUGAAGAUAGGUCCUAAAAAUGAUUGUGAUUGUUAUUUAGACGAUGAUUCUUUCAUUAGAUAAAUGUAUAAUAUAUUAAUUGAUUAGUCAAUAAACUUUAUUGAAUGUUUAGCAUACACCAAAAAAAGUUAAUAAUUUGGAAAGUUUUGAUUUUCGAUAGAAAUAAUUCAAAAUUUAAUGAGAGUAAAAAUUAUAGAAAUAAAG